AUGCACAUCCUCGUAACCAACGACGACGGACCGCCCUCGUACCACUCUCCCUACAUACACACAUUUGUACGGCACUUGGAGCGAGCCGGACACACUGUCUCUGUCUGCGUUCCAGACACUCAGAGAUCAUGGAUUGGCAAAGCGCAUAUGAUCGGCCAGACGCUGAAGCCUGUGUAUUACCGCCCCUCGGCCAACAGCCAUGGCGACGAUAUUGAGGGAACAACACAUGCUCGGCCGUCUCCCUCGGGCGAUGUGGAAGAAUGGGUCCUCAUUGACGGAACGCCGGCGUCUUGCGUGCAGAUUGGCACAAACCACUUCUUCCAGCACAAGGGACCAAUUGACUUGGUUGUGAGCGGGCCAAACUAUGGGAGGAACAGCACGGCGAUAUUUGCACUGAGCUCUGGAACAUUGGGUGCGGCAUUGGAAGCAGCGGCCUGCAGAGACAAGUCUAUUGCUCUAAGCUUUUCGCAGACUCAUGACGCAAAACUCAUCGAUGCCGCAUGCCGGCACAGCCUUCGGAUCAUUGAAUAUCUCUACAAGAACUGGCCCACUGACGGCAGCGCUGAUCUGUACACAAUCAACGUUCCUCUUGUUGAGAACAUUGAGACGAACCCAGUAGUAUGGACAGACAUUCUACAAAAUUACUGGUCCAAAGAAGGCUGCUUUGAGGCUAUCGAGCCCCAGGAUGAAGCGGAGAGGAUAGGGAACGGAGCUGAUGGUGCGGUCAACGGGGCUUCCAAAGGACUCACGCAUAAAAACUUCAAAUGGGCGCCUAAAAUCAUGGAAGUGCACAAGACUAUCCAAGAGGGAGGGCCGGGAUCCGAUGGAUGGGUUGUUAGGGAAGGCCACACAAGUGUCACACCUCUCAAGGCAAACUUUGCUAGCUGUGCGGGAGAUAAAGCUCUGCAAGAGAUCAAGCUCCCUCCCAUAACAUUACCUUCUACAGCAGAACUGGCCAUUCGAGAGGGCCCUAAAGAUCAAGACAAGUCGAAUUCUGGUUUUCAAGCCAUCGUGGCAUACGAGGACCCUUAUGUACAGCCUCUUAUUGUAACCGCCCUGAAGGCUGUACUGCCCAAGGAAGCGUUCAAUCUCAUCACCGAUAUAUCUCCAGACGACUUCAACUUGUCGACAACACUCUCGUCUUCCGAUAGCAACGUGUUGCAAAUUGUUCCUUACGAAGCAAUCGACUUCGAAUUUGCUGCCUCACAUACUAAAACCAGCCUCAUUAACAGCUACAUGAUCCGGAAAGCGCUUAUCAGGAAACACUACCUAUCGGCAACGCUGGACCACUGGGCAGCCAAGAACCCCAACUCUGUUCUCAAGAAACAUCUCAGGCGCAGCGAGGCCUUUGAAGUAGACUAUGCCGAGUUCCUCGACGACGCUCUAAUCGAGGCGUUUGAUCUCAGGGAGAGCCUAGAUCGCAACGCAGAGAAGGAGGACGCAAGUGAGAGAGAAUGGUGGAUCCUCAAGCCGGGAAUGAGUGAUCGCGGCCAAGGCAUCCGUCUGUUCAGUACCAUGGAUGAGCUGCAAGACAUUUUCGACGGAUGGGAGGCCGAGCGACCUGAUAGCGACGACGAAGACGAAGACGGCGAAGCAGAGGAUGGAGAUACCGGCGGUGACUAUAUCACAGCCUCUCAUCUUCGUCAUUUCGUGGCUCAGCCGUACAUCCAUCCUCCCCUGAUCCUCUCCCCCGGCGGCCACAAGUUCCACAUCCGGACAUAUGUCCUCUGCACGGGAAGCCUCAACGUCUACGUCUACAAGCACAUGCUCGCCCUUUUCGCGGGCAAACCCUACACAGCCCCCUGGGAGGCGCCUACGGAUAUCGAGGCGUUUCUGACAAACACAUGUUUACAAGAUUCGCCCAACGAGAACACGGUGCAGCGGUUCUGGAACCUGCCCCUGGAGAAGACGACUGUGCUGGAGAAGGUGUUUGGGCAGAUUUGCGAGACGACGGGCGAGGUGUUUGAGGCGGCGGCGAGGGCGAUGCCGAUCCAUUUCCAGACGCUGCCGAAUGCGUUUGAGGUGUUUGGGCUGGAUUUCAUGGUGGAUGAGGAUGGGGAGGCGUGGUUGUUGGAGAUUAACGCGUUUCCGGAUUUUAAGCAGACGGGAGGGGAUUUGAAGGAGAUUGUGGAAGGCUUUUGGAGGGGGGUGGUGAAAGCUGCCGUUGGUCCGUUUUUUGGGGUGCAGGGGAUGAGGGAGGGUGAGGAGGAUGGGGAUAUGGUGCUUGUGAGGGAGAUUGAUUUGGGGAGGAGGUGA